UGCCCCGCCUCCUAGCACGGGGGGAAACGGAAGGGCGAGGAACCUCCCUGCGUGGCGCGAGUUUCCGGAGGGGACAGCGGGGCCUGCUCCCUGUCCGUAGGCGGAGAGCCCCCCAGCGACGCCCAUGCCGGGGUUCGAGCUAGCGCCCGCGGACGGGGGCUGCCCGGUGGCGCUGCAGCCCGGCCAGACAGUGCUGGGAAGAGGCCCCCUGCUGGGAAUUACGGAUAAGAGAGUAUCCCGAAAACAUGCCAUAUUGGAAGUGGUGGGUGACCAGCUUCGCAUCAAACCGGUCCAUGUAAAUCCUUGUUUUUAUCAAUCAUCCGAGAAUAGCCAUCUAUUACCAUUGGAAACAGAUGAAUGGCACUCUUUGAGCCCAGGUGACAGCUUUUCCCUGUUAAUAGACAAAUACAUUUUCAAGGUCCUCUCUACACACUCAGAUGUGGAAAGCACACUAAGGAAAAAUAGCAAGAUUGCUGCAGAUGAAACAGCAAAUAAAUCCUCUUCAAGUGGUCAUCCUAUCAAGAUGUCUUGUGAUCCAUCUUUAGUAGAAUUAACUUCAUGUUCCAAUAACAACAUACAAGUGAAAGCACAUUCUCUAUUGGAAAGGACAGCAGAAAUUCCAAAAAAUGAGACUUCUUCCAAGAGUUCGUUGUUUUCUGCUAGUUGUAAUGAAAGUGAGGAGCUAAAGCCUGUCUGGAGGAAAAGAAUGCUUCCAUCUUGGAUGUUGCAAGGAGACCUCAUGGUUCAAAGUCUUUCAACUCCAGUCCCUAAAAGAGGUGGUGGAGUAACAAAAGGCAGAGGGAGAGGAAAAAGCGAUAUGGAACCAUCAAAGUCAAGAGCAAAUGUGCAGGGGAGAAAACGGUUAGCUUCUGAAGAGCAUUUAGGGGAUUUCAAAGAGGUGGAACAGGAUCAGGGAAAAAAGAGCAAAACUACUGAAGAGGAAGCGACUGUCCCCCCAUCACGGGAUGCAUCGGGAAUACCUCUUGCCAGGGCUAUGAGGAAAGUGGAAGAGCAUGAUAACAAGACUGUGUCACAAAAGAUUGAAAGUUCUGUGGAGAAAAGUGAUUGUCAGCUCCACAGCAAGAGGUCUGAACACAGGCUAGAUGCAAAAAGCCAGCUCUCCACUGACACAAAUAAAAUGAAUAAAAGGGAAAACAACGAUGAGGUUAUCCAUUCUGCAAGCCAACAGAUGCUCCAGGACAAGCCAUCCCACUCUCAUGUUCCCCUAGCUGAGACUCAAGAGCUUGAUUUAAAUCAGGAUCCUGAAGCUGAAGAUUUUAACUCAGCCAGAAGCACAGAUGCUCUACAGAGUUCUAAACAAACCAAGCAGAACAGGGCACCCUGCAUGUAUGGGUCAAGUUGCUACAGGAAGAAUCCACUUCAUUUUCAGCAGUUCAGUCACCCUGGUGACUGCGAUUAUCAUGACGUGGAGGUUGUAAGUCAAGAUGACGAUGACAGGCCUGAAUGUCCAUAUGGAACUACUUGUUAUAGGAAGAAUCCACAGCACAAGCUUGAAUACAAGCACACUGCACCUCCAGAAACUGAAACAAGAAGAACUAGACAGAAAACUACUAAAAGAGGAAAAAGUGUUUUGGAGGAGGACAGCGAUAAUGAUGGUGAACCGAAUGAAUAUGACCUGAAUGACAGCUUUCUAGAUGAUGAGGAGAAAGAGGAGUAUGACCCUACUGAUGAAGAUUCCGAUUGGGAGCCAGAUCCUGAAGACAAAGAUAACGAAGAUGUUGAAACACUUUUGAAAGAAGCACAAAAAUUUAUUAAAACCAAAAAGUAGUUUUGUCCAAAUGAUGUGAAGUACUGACAACGUACCUGUUUACAGGAUUGGUGGGGGUUUGGGGAAUGACUUUGAAAGCCAACUUUACCCAUGCUUGAGACACUACAAACAAGGAUUAGGAAAAAAUGAGCAACAGCUUCCUUUUCUUUUGAUACACAUUGUUUUGUCUUCCCGAUUUUUUAGCUGAUGACGUCAAAUCAUAAAGUCUGGGAUUAUAUUGUGGUUUAAUUGAAGAUUUUUUUUAAAAAAGUCUCUUUUCUGAGGCUUUUCCAACUUCUUCACAGCUCAUAUUGUCAGAGGAAGGAUUAAUGGAUUGGAAUGUAGCUAUUAACAUUCCUCAUGAAUAUCUUUCUAUGCUUGCAAAAAAAUAAGGAUUGUAGACCUACCAUAGGGAGGUGUAUAGUUUUGCUAAGGUGUAAUAUAUUCCAUGCUAAAUAAAGAAAAAGUAACAUUGCACAACUUUUUUUUAUGGCAGAUCAAAUCAUUCUCAGUUCAAUAGGGAGUCUUUGUUAAACCAGUUAUUUUGAUUAGUUUGUUAUUCAGCUAUCCUACACCGUCAUAUUAAGUUUUAACAGGCUGUUAAUAGUGGAUGUCUUCACCUUAUAAUUGCACUUAUUUCUUUGACAUUCCUGGUGUAAAUUGCUAAUUUUGAAAACUGUCUAAAUAACUUGGGGAAAACACAUUUUUUAAAAUGUAUGCUAAAUUUCAAAUUAUGUCCCCAAAUCAAUUCUAGUACCUUUUUUUUUCCAGUCAAUGUACAUUGAUGAUACUUUCAAUUUAUGUUGAAAUUGAAACCUUAAUGGCUGGUUCUACAAACUGAUUUUAAAUUAUGCUGAGCUUAUUUAAGUGAAGCUUGUAGUUUGUUUGCCUAAUGCUUCCCAUUAAGGCCCUGUUUUCAGUUGGCUUUUAACUUUCCCUAACUUUUAACCUUUUCGGACUGAAUGUUUUUGGAAAGUUUCAGCAAAAAAUGGUUUAGCUGAAUACAAGGUUAGAAGAAAACGCAUUGUUUUGCCUGGAUUUAAAAAAUAUCUUAAAACCAUUUUGUUGAGAAGAUCUAGCACAUCCAUGCUUUGGAGCAGGGAUUUGUAAUUUAGCAGAGGGGGGUCUCCCUGGUUUCAGGGAUAUGCCUUUUGCUGUCCCUGUGAAAAUCUGCCCAGAUUUAGUAAUCAGCAAACAUCACAUUUUGCACAUGCUCACUAGAAACUCGUUAGAGUUCGGCAGCUGACUUCUCUGAAGAUUGCGUCUGUACUGAGAAUGCUCCAUCCCCUCGCAGCUCCUGCAUUUGAUCAGGCUGCGCAAGCACCAUCACCGCAGAAUGACUGAGCAUGCUCUUCUCCAGGGGCUCGGUAGCACUUUCUCUGCAGUUUUUUCUCCCAGAGGCCAUGGGUCACUGUGGUGCUGGGUACAGGAACUGAGAGCAGUGAUCUUCCUGGUGAUGCCUAGGCAGUGAGGAGGAGGAGGAAGGGACUUGAUUGGAAUUCUGAAGGGUGAGGCGCAAAGGGCGUUGGGGGUCAGCAUUGUGGAGGUCAACAUGGUUCCACAUGUUAGGAUUGUUUUUUGUUUCCUUUUUUUAAAAAAUGAAGCUAUGACAGAGGAAAAAAUAGCAUGUGAUCAUGUAAUUAAAGAUUGUAUCAUAGCAUGUAUGCACAAGGAGGCUGAAUUAAGGUGGUGUGGGCAUUCUUUAUGCAGGCAUUUACUAACUUUUGAAGGCUUGAUUUUGCAAAUAUAACAUUCUUGUAACAUCAGGGAGUUUUGUAUGUAAUAGUACGUAUACUGGCUUGUAUCUCCCUGUCUGCAAAGGCACUAACGGUUGUCAGAAAUGUUCUCAGGCAUUAAGAUUUGUAAUUUGACAAUUAUUUAAUUUUUUUGAAAGGGCUUCAGAGAAGGAGUUCAAAUAACCUGCUAGUGUCUAAAUCUGUAUUGAGCUGUAUUUGGGAGCAAUAUAAUAUUUUCAAAAAUUG